GAGAGCGAGCGAGCGAGAGAGAUGGUUAGAGAAGUCUCUCACCAACACCGCCCCCUCCAUCAUUUCUGUAAUCGAGCGUCGAGCUGCACGAUCUGCACCUCUGCAUUAUGCGCGUUUGGUGUCGGUGGGAAUUCUCGGUAAACACAGCAAAUACUGGCACAGAGCUCCAGCCCCAUUCGCAUCCCCCACAAAUAGCUAGUGUGUGCGCGCAGCAGGAGGCGGUCUGUCCUGUUUAUCAAAAAAAAUGAUUCGACACGGCUGUGCCGUUUGCUCAGCGCUCACGGUUAUGGAGGCGAGUCCAGAAACCAUAACGAGCUGAGAGAGGGGGAGACGCCAGAUAUCUUAAUGAACGUCAUAAGUAAGGUUGGGUGGCCAUGGACCCUUUCAGCCAGCUUAUUCUCAUCAUCUCGGUGACCAGCUUCUUCACCUUCCAGUGGCUCUUCCACAGAGUCAGCCCCUGGUUGUCUGUACGCAUCAGUCCUGGCUUCCUUGGCCUCAGCGACAAGCAGAAGGUGGAAUGGAACUCGAGGACAGUAUCAACGUUUCACGCCUUGUUGGUGGGAAUAUUCUGUCUUUACAUUCUGUUUUUUGAUGAUGCUGUCAAUGAAGAUCCAGUUUGGGGAGAUCCUACACUGGUCAAGACAAACGUCGCAAUUACAACAGGCUACCUCAUAUCGGAUUUGCUGCUGAUAUUUUAUUAUUGGAAGGCAAUAGGCGACAAGUUUUUUGUAGUUCAUCAUCUGGCAGCGUUGUAUGCUUACUACUAUGUACUGGGCCAAGGAAUGUUGCCUUAUUUCGCUAACUUCCGCCUGCUAGCUGAGUUUUCUACACCGUGUGUAAACCAGCGCUGGUUCUUUGAGGUGUUGGGUUAUCCCAAGUCCUCCCGGCCCAACAUGGCAAAUGGCGUUGCCAUGGCAGUGGUGUUUUUCCUCGUCCGCAUCGGUGUCAUGCCAGUCUACUACAGUCGUAUGUAUGCGGUCUAUGGCACUGAGGCCUUCUACCUGGUGCCAUGGGGUGGUCGUGUAGCCUGGAUCUGCUCCAGCAUCUGCUUGGACAUUAUGAACAUAAUGUGGAUGCACAAGAUCGCCCGUGGAUGUUAUAAGGUCCUACGAUCAGCACAGCGGAGCAAAGCUGGCGCACCUCAGGAAAAUGGCAAAAUGGAUUAAGAGAACCGGGUGUCACUGGUGAGAACAUGCCACAGCAGAAACACUGACAACACUAUGUGCAGUGGCUCGUAGCAAGUUGGACCCUGACAUGCAAGGCUGCUUCAUUAGCAGCCUACCUGGGACUUGAGAUUACAGGACCACACGCAGUGAGGGAACUUGAAAGCAGGCACAGUGACCGAGAUGUACCAAUGGACCAUUUAAAAUGGCCAUCCCAAAGCCAUGAAAUGACCUCUUAGCAAUACUGUGUGCAUGGCCAAUUAUUUUUCUCGUGAACAAUUUGCCAGAAGAGGUCAUCCCGGGACAAAGCGGCUGUUAGCCCAACGACAAAUUGUCAAAAAGUUUACCAUUCUUUACGAACUUUGUGAUCAACAAAAGACUUUUGUAUUAAUGCUGCUGUCUGAGUCGCAGAAUGAAAAUGACGAAAUAGGUGUUGGUGAGGUAAAUAUGUGAGGAAACCUCCAAAGCAUUUUGUGAAUCCACAUUGAUGGUCAGUGUCAUAAAAUCCUUGUUAGAUGCCUGUUGAGGGAUAGGUGAUUAAGAAAUAAUCAAAUUCCAUCAAGUGCAGUCUCAGAAGAAUUUGUGAUUUUUAUCACUCAACCCUUUGAAAUUUAAGUUUUUAUACCCUUUAUUUAACAAGGAAGUGAAAUUUCAGAGAGUGAGAUGUUCUUUUGUGAGUGCCAAAAUGGGCAGAUACAAACCAGCAUUUAAAGUCUAUUAGAAUAACAGAAGUCAUAUAUGUUAAUUUUAAACGUAGGGUUGAAGACGAAUCAGUACAUGUAUGUAUUUUGCUACUUUUGUCUUGCUGGAGUCGAGGUACAUAGAGUUUUAAAGAUACAUGGGAUAUUAAUUAACUGGUAUUAUUUAAAAGGAGAUGUGCAGAGUACCAUAGAAAUACUAAAAGGGAAAGUGAAUGUUACUGGUGGUGUCUGUACAAUAAGAAAUUCAAGCUCAUCAGCAGAUGUUAAUCCAGCCAAGUUAUGUAUACAAACUGAUCACUUUGCUUUUAAAAAAGUGUGUUGCUGAAGUGUUUUAUUCCACGUUUUCUUAGUUUUGCAUUAUGAUAUGAAUGUAGAGAGGUGAAACUCAACUGAGUCAGGGGCCAUAGACAAAUAUGACAAAUUCAACAAAACGCAGAUUUUCACGGAAAAUGUUUUAACGUUUUAGUUGAUCUGACAUUUAAUGUUUGUUCGCUCUUCUGAGUGUUAUUUGUUGGCUUUUUUUUGUUUUUGAUGCAAACUUAAUUCUACACUUUUCUAGCUGUUGCCAAUCCUGCAGUGUACGAUUUUAGCUGGCAUGUUGAAACAAAACAUCAAAAGUAGACACUGAAUAAUCUUGAAUCGAUGGCAGCGAAAUACUUCAAGGGUUGAGACAGGAAGAGCAAAAGUCUUGUAACAGCAUAACACAAUAAUUUUCAGUUUCAGCAUUUUUGUUUAGAUUUUAUUCACCCAGGAAGAUAAAAAUCCUUUACAUAUAGGAGACGUUUAAGAUCUUAGGUUUAAAUGAUUUUAAUAUUUUUUUUAACUUUUCUUUUUUAAACAGAGCGGUAGUUUAACGUAAAGUCAAUGACAAUCAGUAUUUCAGGUGGCUACAUUUUUGUGUUAAUGGUAAUAGCUUUUGUGUCAUGUAUGACUUUCAGUUCACUCUGAAGGGUCAUGUGGCGGUCCCAUACAUGGUGUGGGUGGGUCCUGUUUAUUGGAUCGCUACAAGGAUUUUUCACUCAAGUGGACAUUAGGGGUGCAACGAUACACAAAAUUCACGGUUCGGUUCUGUUCGAUAAUUUGGUGUCACGGUUCGAUAUUUUUUUGAUACAAAAAAAUGUUCAUGCCUUUUUAAUUUGUCAUUUAUUAAAAUUAUAAAUAUAUAUUUUAACUCAAAAGUACAGUUUUUAAAUUCAAUGUUGCUGAAACAACAAAAUAAUUAAAAAAAAUAAAUAAAUCUAUCUGAUCGAGAAAUCACUCAUCUUUGGAAAGUGAAGCCUGCGUCGCUCUAAUACCAUCUGGGAAAGCAGAAAUUACAUAGGUGUAUCACCAUCUGCUGUCAGAAAACAUUUACACAGGCACGUUUUUUUUAAUAUAUAUCUGAUAGUAAUAUAUAUCUGAUAGAGAGUUUAUUACAGAGAAAUGGCUCUUUCCAAAAUAAAAGCUAUACUAUACGCUUCUUCUCGGGUAUAUUCUCAGCAGCAUAUUAAAAAUAUCAGGUCCCCAUAAGGAGAAUCAUGUGCUAA